AUGCCGGACGAGCCCAUGACCAAAGAUGAAGCCGGCGCGCUCAGUCCUCCAAACGGGAGAGGCGUGAGCUACGCGCUGAUCGAAGCGUUGACGACGCUCACCACAUUCAUCACCUACUUCCCUCCGGGACUUAUCAAACUCUCGGAAACGGAGCUGGCCGAGGUGAUUCUCUCGGCCACCGGCCAGCACCUCGCGUCGUCGACUCGGCUCACAGUUCAAGAAGAAAACGCCGAUGACGCCUACGUGGUCCAGCUACGCCACUAUGGCAACGUCGCGUCCAUGGAUGCGCUAAUGACGUUGAUUUCCAAGACAUUCGACCCUCGAAUCUUACCAGCACCUCCUAUGUACCUGAUCCCUGGGGAAAGGAGUCGACAGGACGCCACAGGCAUGGGAAGGCAGAUUACGCGACUCAUACAGGGCACUAUCCCACUUCCGGAACCUCGCCUGAUCGGUGAGCUUAUCGCCAAAGCCGAUUCAGACGUUGGUGGCGGCGACGCCAUUCAAAUUCACCUCGACAUCGGACCGGACCGCCACUAUAGUCUGGGCGGCCCGUUCUCCUCCGUACGCGAGUAUCUCCAAGCAUACAUCAAGUCCUCGCUUGUCGCCCUCGAAAAGCAACAAGAUAUCGAAGAAUACAAAGAGCAAUAUCUCGAGCGAAUCAGAGACUUUAUAGACAACCGCAUGGACACUAACACAAUUCCCUUAAUUGUCGAAGAUACCCAUGUCGUUGCGAUACAUUCAGACAUGGGACCUCACAAUGUCAUGGUAUCCGGCCACUCACCCGUAGACAUCCAAGCUGUCAUUGACUGGGAGUUUGUCGCCAGCGCACCGUUUGCGUCACAGUACCGCACCAUCGAAAUGCUCUUUCGCAGGUCGGCAGCAAACGGGUUUGGUCCCGAAUACGAAGGCGCCGCUGAGCUUCGGGAGGCAUUCUGGAACGCCAUUCCUCAGUGGAAGACGUCGUGGUUUGAUAGCGAGUCUACGCAGGUGCUUCUAGAGUGGUUCAAAUUCGGACGUUUCCUGAAGCCUGAAUGGCGACCCAAGGACCUCCCAGAGGACCAAGCACGAGAGUGCUGGCGGGAAAACAUCCGUGUUAUUGAGGGCAUCCUGCAGAAGUAUGCGUAA